GCCAAAACAAAAGCCAAAGACCAAACACAAGCUCUGCAUACCAUGCAUCAAAUCUUCAGUAUCCAUUGUUCCGUCCCCCUUCAACUGACAUUAGCAAUAGAUUAUGUCAAGACAACCAUCUCUGACAGCCUACUGAUUAAGGUGCCAGCUGCAAAUUGAUUCAUCUGGAGGCCGGUGCCGAUCGAUCGAUGGGUUAGAUUUCUGGAGCUUCUUGUCUCUGCAAGGCCUUCACUCAAACAAUUAGUCAUCAUGCCUCGAGAGAGGAUUGAUGCGGACACCAUUGAUGAAGCGGUUAGUAAUGUAAUCCCUUAUCUAGAGGAUACAAGCAAUACUACACACAAGGCCAUCUAUUUUGAUGGAGCGGGUGGGCUGGCUGCUUCGGCGGUGCUUAGAGCCAUAGCCCAAGACCCUCCACCAUCUCUGCUCAAGAAAUUCGACAGGAUCAUCCAUGUCGAUUGCUCAAGGUGGAAAAGUCGAAGAGCGCUCCAGAGGACAAUCGCACAAGAACUCAAGCUUCCUCAACGGGUAAUGGAUAUUUUUGACAGGCAAGAUGAAGAAGAUGAUUUCAGGGGGGUAGUUGAAAGCUCCAGAGCUGAGAUUGCAGUCAUUGCGAGGGAGAUUCAUAAUGCCCUACGAGAACACAUAUCCUUAGUGGUCUUCCAUAAUGGCAGCAACAAUAUGGUUGGGUUGACUGAUUCUGGCAUUCCUCAAGCGCCAAUCUUUGAUGUUAAGGUAUUGUGGACAUUCCGAGGAAGGCUUCGGCUCAACCAAGGAAUUAGUGAGAAGGUGGAUCCUUCGCAUCUUUUCCUUUAUGAUGAGUACAGUACUCACGGGUGGAAUUAUUUGCUGCAACUAGAGGCAAGAGAGAUUGCUGGGUACACUGAUAAUCUUGGCGAAACAGUUGAAGAGUGUUACUUGUAUCUGCUGUCAUUAAAUUAUCAGGGAGGCAACAUAAUGGACUACAACUGGGCCACCCAUUCUUCCAACUAUUGGGUUUGUGAUGGGAUUAUACAGGGAGGUCAAGGUGAUGAAGCAUGGAAGGUUGCUGCUGCUCUGCAUCAACAUAUAGAUAUGGAGGAUUAUUCAUCUAAUGCACUGCCCUCUUUUGGUGAUGAGUUGAAGACUCCUCCAAAACGAUGGAUACUGGCCAAGGACAGCUCUGUUGUGCAGCCAGGGUCAACGUCUGUUUUCCUUGCUGCAGUCGCAAGAGGACCAGAUCCACCAUUAAGAACCUUACCUAAUGACAUGUUUCAUCAAUCGGACAAACUUCGGGUGCUCAAGUUAUGUCAUUGCACCUUCAGUUUUUCUGCACCUCCUUUUUGUUGUUGCCACAACUUAAGGUUCCUUGGAUUAGAUGGCUGCAAGGACCAGCGAGCAGAAGAAGAAGAUGAGAAGCAAGAUAGACCGGCAAUGGAAUUUUUUGAGAACCUAUGGGUACUAGACAUAUGCCACACGGAUUGGGAGUUGGACUUAGCAACAUACAUAACAGAGAAGAUGGCUGCAAACAUUAGGGAGGUACAUAUAAAGAAAGGAAGGAUUUGGUGCCACAGUUUUGCAUGGCGACAAUUGCAUAACCUUCAGAAGCUUCUAGUGAUUGAACCUACAAGGCCUUGGCAGACAGGAGGAAAGGAUGAAUUUACGGAUACAGUGAAGAUGGAAUUCCUCAACCUUUCUGGGAAUAGGACACUACAAGUUUUGCCCAACCUGUCAAAAGCAACUAGCCUCAAGACCUUGGUUCUAGAUGCUUGUGUUGGGUUGGAGCACCUUGGACCAGAAGCACUCCCUCCGUUACUUGAAUCAUUCAGCUUGGAUGUAGGAGGAGUAGAAGAUCAUUCCAAGGAAGCCCAAAUAAGCCGCAUCUCCAUGGCUGGUUGUGCAAGAUUGUCCAACUUCAAGCUAGGUGGAUCACUUCCAAACCUUGAGGAGCUGGACCUCUCAGGCACAGGAGUCAAGACACUUGACCUCACAACUCAGGUGGUGCAGGUCCCAUGUCUCCAACGAGUCAUGCUAUUGGGAUGUGAGCAACUUCGUGCUGUGCUUUGGCCAGAAAAGGAGAUGUCCCAACUAUGUUUUCUCUGCAUUGACACUCGAGGAGGAGAAGAGGUCGGAAGAAUACCACCAGAUUUUGAGAAGUUUAAAAAGGGUCAUUGUCAAGCAUAUGUUGCUAUGGUGGACAUCAAAUUCAUCCAGAUAUUGACGCAAACAACUUACAUUAAUACGUUUUGGAACAUGGGCACAAAUAAAUUUAGUCUAAACCUUUGCAUUUCUGCUAGUGGACAGUGGUGCAACAAAGGAAAGAUGGGUUCUGGUAACUGUGGGAAUAUAUUGGGGCCAGCCCUACCAAAGUCAUUAAUCCCCAAUCACUGUUAUGAUGUUUUUUCUAUGGACAACAUAACUAUUGAUCAUGACUACAAUAGUGCAGCGAAGUUUCAGCCGUUAGCCCGCCAUGUGGAGAUUGGUGAAGGAAUUAGCAACACUAGCAUGGAGAGCACACAAGGUAACAAGGCUAUCAUAUUUGUGAUGGACAAGGCUGAGAGUUUGCAUGUGCACGAUAAUUAUUCCAUCAACACUAUCAUCCCUGAAUGUGUAAUGACCAUAGAAGAUAAGAAACUUGGAUGGUCUAGGCUGCAACAGUGCCGUGUGGAGAGAUGCCCCAAGCUAGACACAGUCUUCGCCACUAACUAUGAUAUCUUUUGCUUUGAAGAACUACAGAACUUUUGGGCGGCUGAUCUGCUGAUGGCAUCCUGUGUUUGGAGCAGAGGAAAUAUUGUCAGUGCCAAGGACACCCGUUCCUUCGUGAAUCUGCAGAGCAUACACCUCUACUCAUGUCCAAGGCUCAAAUCCGUGCUUCCAUUAUCAUGGGCUGCUCCAGGCUCAUAUUUUCCCAACUUAGAGACCCUUCACAUUGUCAGUUGUGGUGAUCUCGACAAGGUAUUCCCCGUGGAGCCAGAGUUCCUGACAACAAUAUCCAACGAUGACCGAAAAGGUGUACUGGAGUUCCCAGAGCUGAAGCACAUUUACCUGCAUGAGCUCUAUAAGCUGCAGCAUAUAUGUGAAGCCAAGAUGUAUGCUCCCAAACUUGAGACCAUGAGGGUCAGGGGAUGCUGGGGUCUCCGGCGCAUCCCUGCCGUCGGCCAAGACAUCCGCCCUAUCGUGGACUGCGAGAAGGACUGGUGGGAGAAGCUGGAGUGGGACGGGCCGGAGGCCAGCCAUGACCCUUCCCUCUAUGAUCCCCGCCACUCAUCAUAUUACAAGAAGCCCCUGCCUAGAUUCUCGGUGCUCUGGUGAACUGACCGUACUACUCAGGAGGUUUGGUGGUGACGUCUUACGGGAGUGGGACGUCUUGCUGCUUUCAACAGCGGCAAUGGUUCAAGUCUGUGAAUGUUUACUUGCCAAGAUUGUGUUGGUCUGAAGCUAUGUCUGGAGCAUGUUUGAUUUGUGUCUGUGAUUGCACGCGCUUGAACUAACAAGGGUUUGGUUUGGUUUGGUUUCAUUUAUUUCUGUCUUAUUAUUAAUAAUUCAGCGGCAUAGCAUGCAUGUUUAUGCUUGCUGACGGACGUACUGAAAGUGUCAUGUGUAUGAAUCGCUAUUAAUUUUAUUCAUGUGUUGUCUGCA